GAUAUAGGCUACUGUAAACACAGUAGGUACAGAUUCAAAGGAAACGAAAACUGAAAGAGUGUAAACAUUUGCAUCUAUUUUGUGUUUUAAACAAUAAGGAAAUGUCUGAGGACGAUCUUAAACUGUUGUCCUGCCACUUUACAUGGGGCUUGCUAAAGGAGGAUGCUGAUCUUAACUUUCUCGAAGUGAAAGUUCGUGAAAAACUUUCAGUAAAAGGCGAGUAUGUAGGAAACCUGAAACAAAGAGAUUUCAAUUUUUUGGCCUUCAUUAAACAUUUGCAAGGUUUGAACAACGAGGCGCUUAAGAACCUGCAACUAGCAAAGGAGGAACAUCCGGACGAUGACAGGAAUGGGAUAGUGAUGUAUGGGAACCUGGCCUGGGUGCACAGUCUCGUGGGCAAUGCGACUGAGGCUGAGAAGUACGUAGAGAAAGUAAAUGAAAUCCUUAAGGCUUUCCCCACCUCAUCUCCAACAGAGCUUCACAGAGAAGUUCAGAGUGAAAAAGCCUGGUCGCUUCUCAAGUUUUCUAGAAAGUCCUACGUCAGGGCACAGGAGAGUUUCCUUGAAGCUCUACAGAAAGAGCCGGAUGACAAGGAAUGGAACACAGGCUUUGCCUUUUCUCUGUUCCGUCUGGAGGGACUGAAGAUUGGCCAGCACAAGCGUGUGCGUUUUGAAGAGUCUCCAGCUGUGCUCCAGUUAAAGAAAGCUCUGAAACUGGACCCGAACAAUGCAAUGAUUCACGUGUAUCUGGGGUUAAAGUGCUACAAGAAUGGAAAGAAUGCAGAGGCAUGGCAGUACAUGACUCAAGCCAUCACAAUGGCGCCGGAUAACCUCAGCGUUGUUUUGCGUGUUGCAAAGUUCAUGAAGAAAGAGCAGCGUUAUGACACGGCCCUGGAGGUGUUGAUUAAAAUGCUGAAGAAAGCGCCAGACUCGUCACGCUUACAUCAUGAGAUUGCUAACAAUUACCGCUGGAAAGCCAUGCAGAUUGAAGACAUACACAAUCCGGAGUUGCUGGGCCUUUGUGUUCACCAUUUAGAGAAGGGUGCCAGUUUAAACCCAGGUCACAUAUACCCACAGCUGGAGUUGGCACAGAGGUAUGCAGAACUAAAGCAGACGGCUAAAGCAGAGCAGAAGUUCUCUGAGCUGUUUGCCCUUCCAGACCUAAAGCCAGCUGACCGUCAAGCCUGGCAUCGCAUGUAUGGGGAUUUCCAACUAUACAGGCUGGGCUCAGAGAGAGCUGCGGUCGAGCAUUACAAACAAGGCAUGAGGCUGGGACAAGUGUCCACCGAAUGGAUCAGUUGCAGAAACAGAAUGAGAAAAGUCCUUCAGCGUGACAGACGGGACACAUACGAGAUCCGGAUGUUCUUUGCUUCCUUGAGAACGGAGAACAAAGAUUUUUGAGAGAGAACAAGUUCAACUCAUAGGCUUCAAUAAUGCAAUGAGCUAUCAUUAUGUCUAUGGAAAGUCCCCAUAAAACAUGAAAACAC